CCAGCCAAUGAACAUGCAACUCAAACGGAAGUGCAACAUUUGAAAACUGUUAGUUGUUGAAAGAGCGAGCAUAUCGUCCGAUAUCUGUGAUUAAAAAACGGAUUUAUCUUCCUGGCAUCUGCACGAUGGAAGCAGAAGAGCAUACGGACAGAAUGCAGAGACUUGCCAUGGUUUGUCAAAAGCUCAGCAAGAUUAGAAAACAUCUCAAUGAAGAUGACACUGAUAAUAUUAACCAGAUCAUCAGCUCGAAGUCAUCUGAAGCGUGUCUCUCAUAUGUGACAAACCUCGAGAAGAAAGGGGACCCACACUCGGAUCCGAACCAUCUCACUCGACUCAUCAGUUUUUAUACCAAAGUUUUCUUGAAUAUGCCUCUUAGACUACACUGUCAAAAUGAAAGCUAUGCCAGGAUGUUGGUCAGAUUUGCAGAGUUGAAAGCAAUUCAAGACAUUAAUGAGGCUGAGACAAACUUCAGUGUUGCAAUAUCUCAUAGCCAGAACUUUGCAUUUGUCCACAUCGCACAUGCAGAGUUUGCACAUUCUCAAGGCAACACAAAGAAAUGUAUGUACAUACUGCAUAAUGCAAUUGAACUCGGUGCAGAACCAAAGGAGCUACUCGAGGCAGCUUUGCAAAGGUUGCAGGAAGAGAAAAAUCAAUUUUUUUCUCCAGAUGACAAGGAAAAUGAACCACCAUUUUUAAACUGUACUGCACAUGAUGAUGUCAAAAAAGGCACAGAAGUCCAGAAAAGAAGCAGGUUAUCAGAUGGGACUAGUGAAUUGCAUCUGUCAAGCAUUUUCAAGUUUGGAAGUGGAAUUCUCAAUGUAUCGUCAGACCAGAUGCAGAACAGGUCGUCUGCAUCUCAGUGCUUGCCAUGCAGGAUUCCCAAUGUUCCUUUCUCGAUCCCAGAAAAGAAUGGUGAUGGUGAUGCCGAUGACACCAAUGGAAGCACAUCAAAUGGCAGUGAUGAAUCACUUCUAAAUAGUUCGUCCAGGCAAAUGUCUGGUACAAAUGUGAGCACAAAGCUUCAGCUUUUCUCUUCAAAGAAAGCUGCUGUUGAUGACUACUUGACCAGCCUUCUGACGCAAUCUGUCACUCCAGAAGGUGGCCCUUGGCAGGACCAAGACUCCAUGAAGUCCACGAUCACUCACCUUUAUACACAUGAAACAAAAAAUACCCUGAAACUGGAUGACGUAACUGACAAUUUUGAACAAGUCCUUCUUUUAAAUUCCCCCGAGUCAUGUUGGACUUACCUGAUGAACCUUGAAAAAAGAGGCAACCCUCAUACUGAUGUGAAUUUCCUGAAUAAACUCAAAGAAUGCUAUUAUAAAGUCUAUUCACGUCUGCCGAUAAAACAGCACUGCAAGAACUCCAGCUAUGCAAGGUUGCUGAUCAAAUAUGCAGAACUCACGGGCAUUGAUGACCCUGAUGGAGCUGAAGACCAUUUCAUAGUUGCAAGAUCCCACUGCAAAACCUUUGCAUUUGUCCAUGUAGCACAUGCUCAGUUUGUGGUUUCUCAAGGAAAUGUGAACAAGGCGGCUUCAAUACUGUUCAAAGCCCAUACCUUAAGUGCCAAACCAGCUGAGCUGUUGGAGGUGGCCCUGAGGAACCUGAAAGCUGGAGAGAAACAACUUGUUCCCACCAAGAAGGAGCAGCUCUCUAUAGAACCCCAGCUCCCUGACAGGCUUGCUGUGAACCAAACAGCGGAACAUCCCAAACCUGCCAGCAAGGAGAGUGUAUCAGUUGGAGAGUGGAAGAUUACAACUCCGGAUGUUUUGACAAAGGUGAAACGUGAAACACCACCUGAUUCCAAACCAGUUCCCUGUUUGAGCAACUCCAUCCCGGCUCCAUCGAAAUUAGAUCCACAGACUCCAAAUAACUACAGCGGUACCUGUGCUAAUCGCUUUAUUACUCCUAUUUCCAUGAGAGAACCUGCAGUGUUGUAUUCAUCCCGAAAAGCAGCACACAGUGGAGAACCUGUUCAGCAGCCAUGCCCACCUAUGAAUUACUCAGCUGCCUUUCACAUUCCACAGCAGGUUUCCUUCACAACAAAUGAGUUCGUGACCAUUAAAGGCAAACAGUUCUUCAUUCUUAAAAUGAUUGGACGUGGUGGAUCCGGCAAGGUGUACCAGGUCCUGGAUGAAAAAAAACAAUUGUUUGCAGUGAAAUACAUCGACCUUGAGGAUGCAGAUGCUCAGACAGUAGAAAAUUCCAAAAAUGAGAUUGAGCAUCUGAACUACUUGCAGCAAUACAGCGAUCAAAUCAUAAAGCUCUAUGACUAUGAAAUAACCAACAGCUACAUUUAUGUGUUGAUGGAGUGUGGCAACUUGGAUCUCAACACUUGGUUGCAGAGCAGAACGUCUGUCAAUCCAAUUGAGAGGAAGCUAUACUGGAAGUACAUGCUAGAAGCCGUCCAGACAAUUCACAAACAUGGAAUCGUCCACGGUGACUUGAAGCCAGCAAAUUUUGUCAUUGUCAACGCGACACUGAAGCUAAUUGACUUUGGUAUUGCAAGCCGUAUGCAACCUGAUGUGACAAGCAUUAUGAAGGAUACACAAGCUGGAACCCUCAACUAUAUGCCCCCAGAGGCAAUUAAAGACACUUCAUCCCAGCAUGGAAAAGCACGCUCAAAAAUAGGUCCAAAGGGGGAUGUGUGGUCCCUCGGAUGUAUCCUGUACUAUAUGACAUACAGAAAGAGUCCAUUCCAAAGCAUCACCAAUCGAAUCAGCAAGAUGCAUGCCAUCAUCAAUCCCAGCCAUAAAAUUGCAUUUCCUGACAUCUCAGAGAAGGACUUGCUGGAUGUGUUGAAAAGAUGCUUGGUCCGAAGUCCUAGGGAGCGAAUAUCCAUUGUAGAACUGCUGGAGCAUCCAUACCUGCAACUUAAGCCACAAAGGUCUCCGGAACCAGGACCAUCAUGUGACACGUUUUCAACUGCUUCAGAACAUCCAUACAACUGUGAUCUCAAGAAAAUACUAACAGACCUUGCAGCCAUCCAGUCUCCCACCAGCGUCAUUCGAGCUGCGAAUAAUCUGGCCAAAAUGUGCGACAGUGGCAAGAAGCUGGAUGUGGCAGAGUGUGCCAAGUCAACUUAACAAUGUAGAAAAAGAAAUGUAAAUAUGUUUGCUUUUUCAUCUUUAACUUGAUACAGUGAUUAUGUACAUUUUGAUAUUGAAGACAUUGAACAGAACUGCAGUACACUUUUUUUUUUCUUGAGGAAAAUUGUUCUUGUUC